CUGAAGAACUGACACAUCAUUCACACGGGCUCGCGGACCCUCUGGAGCUUUCGGCAAGAAAUCACGGAGACUUGGACUUCAGAACGGGUGAUCUGUAUUCUGAUUGGCUGCAGGUUGGUUAUGGAGCAUCCUUAUAUCAGAAAGAUUUCCAUCACUCAAGAUUCGAUGGUUCGUGGAAGCUAAUGCAUGCGGGACAGCGAAUCGUGUGCAGUCGGUGUGAAGCUGUGAUUGAGGCUGCUGUGGGGUGUGCAGUUUCUCACAUUCUGUAGAGGACACACAUACACACACAACUCAAGAGUGUGUGCUGAGCAGACAGCUGAGGGAUUCACUCGCUCGCUGGAGUUGCGCACACAGAAGAUGGAUCUCUUGAGGACUUGCUUGCGUUGGGUCUGUGUGCUGGUCAUUGGGCUUCUGGGACUCGUGGAGGAGAACUUGGCUAACGUUCUGGACACUAUGCUGCUGAGGAAUUCUGGGAAGGUUGAAGAACGCCGGGAGACAGGAAGUGAUGCACCGGCUCUACCUCAGCGCUUCCUGUGGUGCUACUGUUACCAUCACUGUCCGGAGGACUCCACUAAUAACACGUGCAGGACGGACGGUUACUGCUUCACCAUGGUGGAGGAAGAGGUUGGAGCGGCUGUGGUGACGUCAGGUUGUCUGGGUCUGGUCGGAUCAGAGUUUCAGUGCCGAGACACGGGGAACUCUAAACAGCGGCGAGCGCUCGAGUGCUGCACAGAUCAGGACUACUGUAACAGAGACCUACAUCCAACACUGCCUCCUCUACGAACACCCAGUUACGUAGUGGGAGACAUUCAUCACAUCGCUCUGCUCAUCUCAGUGACGGUCUGUAGCUUCAUCCUCACCUUCAUCAUCAUCUUCUGUUACUUCAGGUAUAAACGUCACGAGUUAGCCCCGCGCUACAGCCUUGGCCUGCAUCCGGACGAGACGUUCAUUCCUCCGGGAGAAUCCCUGCGGGAUCUCAUAGAGCAGUCCCAGAGCUCCGGCUCAGGGUCAGGACUCCCCCUGCUGGUACAGCGCACUAUAGCGAAGCAGAUCCAGAUGGUGACACAGAUCGGGAAGGGCCGUUAUGGAGAGGUGUGGAUGGGGAGAUGGAGGGGAGAGAAAGUGGCUGUGAAAGUCUUUUUCACUACAGAGGAGGCCAGCUGGUUCAGAGAGACAGAGAUAUAUCAGACUGUCCUCAUGAGACAUGAGAAUAUACUCGGGUUCAUAGCGGCCGACAUUAAAGGCACAGGCUCGUGGACUCAACUCUACCUCAUCACCGACUACCACGAGAACGGCUCUCUGUACGACUAUCUGAAAUGCACCACCUUGGACAGCCGGGCCAUGCUGAGACUGGCAUACUCGUCCGUCUCCGGCCUCUGCCACCUUCACACAGAAAUCUUUGGCACGCAGGGCAAACCGGCCAUCUCUCACAGAGACCUGAAGAGCAAAAACAUCCUGGUGAAGAGGAACGGCGCCUGCUGCAUCGCUGACCUCGGCCUGGCCGUCAAGUUCAUCAGCGACACUAAUGAAGUGGACAUCCCCCUGAACACGCGCGUGGGUACCAAACGCUUCAUGGCUCCUGAGGUUCUGGACGAGACUCUGAACAGGCACCAUUUCCAGUCCUACAUCAUGGCCGACAUGUACAGCUUCGGCCUCAUACUGUGGGAGAUCGCCCGCCGAUGUGUGUCUGGAGGUAUCGUAGAGGAAUAUCAGCUGCCGUAUCACGAUCACGUUCCUAAUGACCCCUCGUAUGAAGACAUGCGAGAGGUUGUGUGUAUUAAGAGAAUACGUCCAUCUUUCCCUAACCGCUGGAGCAGUGAUGAGUGUUUGAGGCAGAUGGGGAAGCUCAUGACGGAGUGUUGGGCUCAUAAUCCGGCCUCUCGUCUUACCGCCCUGCGUGUUAAAAAGACGCUGGCCAAGAUGUCGGAGUCCCAGGACAUUAAAGUCUGAAAACAGACCAGCAGCACUGACACUAACCCUGAACUCACCGCCUGCCGUGGGGUCAAGCGCUGAGUUCUGCCACGCGAGAGCCUCCUGAAAAUGACCCGGCGCGGCGGAGGACGCCCGAGAUCUCGUGUGAUCUCAGGACAGAGAUACAACCCGGUCCUGCUUCGUCACACGAGCACCCGUGAACACUGGCCAGCGGGACGAAGCAGGACCUCAGCGAGCGAGAUCACAUGACUCUCCUCAGAGAACUGUCAGCUUUCUCUUUCCACAGUCUGGUCAGCUCCAACAGGACCAUGGUUUUGGAUCAUAUCAGAUUUGUGUUGUUAGUCAGUCAACAACUUUCAACAAGUUUCCUGCCUUUUUUGGUGGGCUGUGCCUUAUUUAUUUUGUAAAUAGAUGAAAAUGAGAGUGAAGCAUCAAUGUACUUGAAUAAAUGUUCUAAUGAGAAUGAAU